CCAUGGCCGAGCGAGGCGGGGCGGGCGGCUGCUGCCCCUGGAGCCCCGAGGGCGCCGAGGGCGCCGAGGGCGCGCUCCAGGCGGCCGUGGACGUGUUCAGGAAGCUGAAGGACCUAGACUGCCCCUUCCUUGAGGGUCUGUACCUCUCAGAGCCAAACACGAUCCAGGAACUGCUGUGCAGCCCCUCCAAGUACCGUCUGGAAAUCCUGGAGUGGAUGUGUGUCCGGGUCUGUCCCUCCUUACAGGACAAGUUCAGCUCUCUGAAAGGUGCCCAGGCUGAGGUGAAGAUCCAGGAGAUGGUGAAACUUGGCCAUGAGCUGAUGCUGUGUGGGCCAGAUGACCAGGAGCUCGUGAAGGGCUGUGCCUGUGCUCAGAAACAGCUGCACUUCAUGGACCAGAUACUGGAUGCCAUUCAGAGCCUGAAUAUCGGCUACUCCAGUUGUUCCAGCGUGGACCAGCACUUCAAGGACUUAAGGGACAAGAAUGAGGCGCUGCUGGGAGAUCUCUUCUCUGGCCCAUACCUGCAGGCACUCCUGAACCCCGACUGUGACCCGUGGCCCCUGGAUGUGCAGCCUCUCCUUGAUCAGCAGAAGGACAAUCUUUACUCAGAGUCAGAAGAGGGGAAGGUGGAGGACUUGGUCAAGCAACUGCAGGAGAGUGCUGCCAAGCUCCAGGAUCUCAGGGCAGAGUGCUUCCCUCAGCACAAGGAAGGGGCCUCUGUGGCCGGGGCCGACCCCACCACCUUGGACCAGAAGCUGCGCCUGGUCGUCUCUGACUUCCACCAGCUCAUUGUGGCAUUCCUCCAAGUCUACGACGAUGAGCUGGGUGAGUGCUGUCGCCGUCCAGGCCCUGACCUCCAUCCGUGCGGCCCCAUCAUCCAGGCCGUGUACCAGAUUCUGACUUCCUGCUGCCAACUGCUGAAAGCUGUCAUCGAGGUCACUGAUACAUCUGUGAGCACUGUGAACACAGUGGCCAAGCAUCACAGAGAACAGAGCUGCUGGGGUAGUGACAACUCCAUGAUGAGUCUAGGAGUCUGCUGUGAUGUGCAAGUUUCUUUAGGCUGUCUUCCUAGGAGUAGAAUUAUUGAGUCAUGGGCCACCAAAAUGGAAGAACUCACACAGAAAUAUAAGCCCUGCAACGAGGCUCUGCAGAAAGGCCCCAACUAGGACUAGGCAGGAGUGCUGGAGGCAGGCUGUGGAGCAGGAGGAGCAGCUGCAGCCCGCACGUUGUUCUCCACCAGGGCCCAGUGUGGAGUGCCUGGAGCCUUUACUCCUUCAAGGGGAGGGAGUG